CGCUUCUCAUCUUCACUCACACACUCCGUCUCCAACUCCGAAUCGUGAAAUUUACUACGGUUCCCAAACGCCUUUUCAGGAAUCGCGAUUUGGUCGCGUUUCCGAUCGACUCAGCUUCCGAUUCCUGAGCGAGCGAGAGUCGAAGCUCUACCGGUGAAAAGAUGAUCGGAGAUAAUCGAAGGUCGAAAAAGCAGAGAGUAGCGAGCACCGCAGAAGACGAGCUCGAGUCGAAACUCGGAUUCGAGCUUUUCUCCGAAGGGGAAACGCGUCUCGGGUGGCUCCUCACGUUCUGAGAAUCAUCAUCAUCUUGGGAAGAUCCGGAUACUGGGAAAACCUUUAGCUGUGUGGACCUUUACUUCGUUACUCAGGACGGAUUUUAUUUCAAGACGAAAUACAAGUUCCGUCCUUAUUUCUAUGCAGCUACGAAGGGAAGCAUGGAAUCGGAGGUUGAAGCGUACUUGAGACGCAAAUACGAAAGACAAGUCGCUGAUAUUGAGAUUGUUGAAAAAGAGGAUCUCGAUCUUAAAAAUCAUCUAUCUGGCCUUAGGAAAAAAUACCUAAAAGUGUCAUUUGAUACUGUGCAACAAUUGAUGGAAGUUAAGAGGGAUCUGUCGCAUAUUGUCGAACGAAACCAGGCAAAAUUUGAUGCUCUUGAAGCAUACGAAUCCAUAUUGGCUGGAAAACGGCCUGUGCAUAUGCAAAUGUUAACUUGUGGGAGAAACAAGUCUGAGAUUGGUGAACUGGCAAUGACGUCCAAGAAUGUAACAAAGAUGACUCAGAUCUUUGACCAUUCAGACCGUUUUGUGUUCCUCCCAGUUCCGAGGCAAGUUAUCUUCUCUUCUGUUACUGUAUCAAGGUUUGAUGGGGGAUUCGAAUAGAGUUAAGCUUCGUGAUGGGAGAUUCUUAGCUUAUAGAGAAAGUGGAGUUCCAAAGGAGGAUGCCAAAUACAAGAUCAUUCUUGUUCAUGGCUUUGGAAGCUCUAAGGAUUUGAACUUCUCUGCCU